AUGGCCCACAAGUUCAUCUGCUCCCUGCUCCUGAUCGCAGCCAUGGCUGCCGUUUCUGUGGCAGAGCCUACCAGGUUCCGGGUACGAUCUUCCCGUCUGCAGUUUGCCCGUCAGGAGCAGGCUCCAGAGGAUCAGGCAGUUGCGGCAGACCCCACCGUGGAUAUUGCACCCACACCGGCCUCGGCUCCUUAUCCGCCAGCAGGAGUGACACCGGAGGUGCCCUUCGACCUGCCCACGGAGACCGAAGCGCAACCUGAUCUAACCUACGGACCACCAGCUGAGCCCGACAACACCUACGGCCCUCCGGAUAACACUUACGGACCACCUGCCGAGCCGGAAAACACCUAUGGACCGCCGGCUGAUGGCCCAGUGGACCAGGCCCCUGCUGCCGAUCCCGUGCCCGCCGGCUUGAUCCAGCCUCGUAACGAACGCCUCCGCAGUCGUCGUCCGACCCCGGAGAAGCUUCGAUCCGCUCAGAUUAUCCGCUCUGGAUCAGUGCUGGUGUACACUAUCUGAAAUGGGUCAACCCUAAUUUGGUAGAAAUCAAAUGGAAUCGACACAUUAGGAUAUGCAUUUAUUACUUUGUUGCUAAAUAAAUUGUUGUUGAAUAUUUUAAUUUAAAUAAUGGAAAAUUUGCUUAAAUAUUCGAGUUAAUCCACCCUUUUGUCAUAAAUCGAAAAUUUCAAAAGAUGUCAGAAAAACUAAAGUAAUUUGUUGAUGGAGCUAAUAGAUAUAAGAACUCUUUUGCUUUUCUAUUAAGACCUUUUUAUUUAAAGACACAAGAG